CAAAUUUAGAUCAUCAUCAGGGCCACCACCAGAUUUCAGAUCGCGACUGAUCUCUGCAUUCAACCGAAACUGUUGGAAAUCGCAGUAGGGAAGCAGCAGUGGUGGAUUGGAUUUCAUGGUCGCCGAUAGCAUUCAGUGGAGAUGGGUGAUGAACGCCAGUCCUUGCUCGCCGGUCCCAACAAGCACCGGAAUUUUGCGCGGUGUGCUUCGCAUGCGCACGACGAGCUCCGGAGCUUCCGGACAUGGCUCACGUGGCUGUGCGUCGACCAGUCGAACGCCUGGACGACCUGCCUCUCCUGGAUCGUCUUCCUCGGCCUUGCCAUAAUUGUGCCCGCCCUGUCGCACUUCGUGCUCAAUUGCAGCGGCGACUGCGACAAACUCCACAGCAGGCCGUACGACACCGUCGCGCAGCUCUCGCUCAGCGGCGUCGCCACCAUUUCGUUCCUCUGUCUGUCUGCUUUCGUCAGGAAAUUCGGCCUCCGGAGAUUCCUGUUCUUCGAUAAGCUCCGCGAUGAGAGCGAGACUGUGAGGAAGGAGUACACUCAACAAUUCAACAGAUCAUUCAAAAUCUUAUUCAUCUUUGUGCUACCCUGUUUUGCUGCUGAGGCUGCCUAUAAGAUAUGGUGGUUUAGCUCCGGAGGAACGCGCAUUCCGUUCUUAGGAAAUGUCAUUUUGAGCAACGCAGUUGCUUGCAUCCUGGAAUUGUGCUCGUGGUUUUAUCGAACGGUGGUGUUUUUCCUAAUCUGCAUCCUCUUCCGCCUGAUCUGCUAUCUUCAAAUUCUUCGAAUGCAAGAUUUUGCUCUAGUGUUCCAAGUUGAGUCGGAUGUAGAAUCUGUUUUGAGAGAACACCUCAGAAUCAGAAGGCAUUUGAAGAUCAUAAGCCAUAGGUACAGAGUGUUCAUAUUGUGGGCAUUGAUAUUCAUCACUGCCAGCCAAUUCACCUCUCUUCUGGUGACCACACGCCCCAAUUCAGGUGUCAAUAUAUAUCACAGUGGCGAAUUAGCGGUUUGCUCGGUGAGUCUUGUUGCCGGGCUCCUUAUUCUGCUAAGAAGUGCAGCAAGAAUUACACACAAGGCGCAAGCUGUGACUUCCCUAGCAGCCAAAUGGCAUGUUUGCGCAACCAUAGAGUCAUUCGAAGCUAAUGAUGCAGAGACACCAGUUGGCCGAAGAAUUCAUGAACAAAUCUUCACUGGUAGUUCUGAUGGUUCUGCUGAGUUGGACGAUGUUGGUGAUGAAGAGGAUGAACUCGACAACACAAAAUUUGUUCCCUCCCAUGCCCAGACCACAAUCUCCUUCCAGAAAAGACAGGCUUUGGUGAAUUACUUUGAGAACAACAGAGCUGGAAUCACAAUAUAUGGAUUCAUGCUGGAUAGAAGUUACCUUCACACCAUAUUCGGGAUAGAGCUAUCUCUAAUGCUCUGGCUGCUAGGGAAGACUAUAGGCAUUUCUUGAUUCAACCACACCCACGGCUGCUGGUUGAGUCGCCUUUUUUGGGACUUCAGAUUUGUCGUCGAUUCGAUUCAUUCCACAGUUGCUUGGUUUGUUCAUCCUCUUCCUCCUCAUCAUCAUCUCUUACCAUUUGUAUAUUUAUACACAUGCAUAUAUAUAUACACGUAUAUGUGGUUACACUUGCACAUUGUCUUUCACUUAUUGUUUCUUGGUUCUUUGUGGUUUUGGUGUGGUGUUGGUAUA